AUGAACCCAUACGACAACGCGGGUGGUUACACUCAGCCACAGCCAAGACACAACGCACAACAGCAGCAGCAGCCCUACCAGCAACAGAACCAAUACCAGCAGCAAGGAUCCCAAUACACUUCCAACAGAUACAACCCCAAUGCCUACCAACAACCCGCCCAGCAAAACAACAACCAAUACCAGCAACAGCAGCAACCCAGGAGCCAUAUGGCCUCGCCUCCUCCACUCCAACAUCCCGUCCCUACUCAUCCCCCUGUCCAGAUGAGAGAUCCGGUCCCUACCCCUUCGCCCAGGAUGAACUAUGCCCAGGCCCAGGGAGGACAGGGACAGUACCAACAGAACCAGUAUCGCCCCCAGCAGGCUGGCGGCGGUGGCGGUGGCGUUCAGCAGAGGUCAUCCUUUGAGCGGUCGAGUUUUGAUCAGCAGCAACAGCAACAGCAGCAAGGGGGAGGGUUUGGAGGAUCACCCAGGAACCAGUUCAUGUCGCCCCAGCAGCAUCAUCAGACUCCUCAGCACCAGCACCAACAGCCACAGCAACAUCAGCAGUCGGGAAUUCCCUCGUUCCCGUUCAACCUCAACGAUGGCACCACUCAGUUGGGCAUGCAGUUCGGUCGGUCUGCAGUCAUGGCCGGUCAGGAAUACGUGGAGCAAAACCUCAACAGAUGGGUCAACCGCGCUGCCCUCCAGCCCUACUUCAAUGUUAGCAACUCAUAUGUGGUCAAUAAGCUCAGGUUGCUCGUCUUCCCCUGGCGCCACAAGCUUUGGACUCGUAUACUAAAGCGUUCGGAGACAACAGGAGAGACGAUCGGAUACAUGGCUCCUCGGGACGACAUCAACGCCCCCGAUCUGUACAUCCCCGUCAUGGCCUUUGUCACCUACGUUCUCCUUGUCGCCAUCUCUGCAGGAACUUCCAACAAAUUCAGCCCAGAGAUUCUUGGACCAACAGCUUCAUCGGCCCUGGCGGUCAUUAUUCUGGAAUUCACGAUUAUCAAGUUAUGUGUUUAUAUCUUGAACAUCACAAGUGAUGUCCCCAUCCUGGAUCUCUUGGCCUACUCUGGAUACAAGUUUGUCGGAAUCAUUGUCUCGAUCAUUGUUCAGUUGUCCAAGGCACCUAAAUCAGCGUUCUGGUCCGUCUUCCUCUACACCGGCGCAGCCACUGGAUUCUUCCUGUUGCGGUCAUUAAGAUACGUGAUCUUGCCCGAGGCGUCUGCAGGAACGGUCCUGCCACCACAACGCAAACGUCGGAUCCAUUUCCUGAUCUGUCUGUCCGUCAUGCAGUUUGGAUUCAUGUGGAUCUUGGUCUAG